GCCGCUGGUUGGCUGAGGCGGCCUGGCAACGAACAGGAAAUAAUACCAGUACGAGACACAAACAGGACGCGCCGCCUGAGCCGAGGGAGGGCGAGAGAGCAUUGCUUGGUCAGCCUUCCUGCCUGUCAGCUGUUCUUCGUCCGUGGGGCCAAGAAAUCACACGCGAGAUGUCCGAGGCCACGAAGCUCACGCCGUACCAGGGCAAGCGGAGGGUCUUCGGCCACUAUCGUUGUCCCAAAUGCAACGUGGAAUGGAACUCCGCCAACUCGUGGGCCAACACGUUCCAGAAGUGCAAGACCUGCAACUCGGAGGUCUACCCCUACAAACAGGAGAAGCUCGUGCCCAGCGGCGAGAAUAAGGAGCGAAAGGCGCAUCCCGAGAACCUUUGCCAGCGGUGCAUGAGGAGGGGGCGGCCCUGCUGGCAGGAUAAAUACUAGGAUGUCGCAGUAAACUUUGCUUACACACACACACACACACACACACACACACACACACUGUAUGGACCCCGCAAAUAGUUUUAGAUAAUAUCACGUAAUAGCCUAUCGUCAUUUGGGUAUAGUUAUGUAAAGAAAGAAUUGAAUUUUGUUGUACUAUAGCCAGACUCAGUUAUGAAGCCGGUCUGGGGAGGGCUGCUCGGGAGUCCCCCUGGCGCCAUAGAGCUGCAAAACCUCAUUGAUUGUAUACAGAAUAUUUGAUACAUAAUUUCAAAUAGUAAUUACCUGUGAUAUAUAUACACUAAGAAAAUAAAUAAA